AUGGAGGUGCUUACCCAACGUUACGAAGACAAACGAGUCGUUGUUGACAAACACGUUGAAAACCUUUUCAACCUACCAAAGGUAAGCCAAGAAAAUGCAAGUAACUUGCGGAAAAUUAUCGAUACUUGCACCAAGAAUGUGGAGGCACUGAAGCACCAGAACUUACCUGUGGAUGGGCUUGGUGAGCAGAUGCUAGUGAACCUGAUUGCCGGAAAAAUGGACAAGAAGCUACGAGUGGCUUGGGAAGCUCGUCAGACGAAGAAUGUGCUUUCUACCUAUCCGGCAACAAUGGAUUUCCUGGAAGAUCAGUGCCGUAUAUACGAGAAGCUCGACACCUGUACGAAACCAUCAGCUGAAAGUGCCAAACUAAAAACGAUGGCUAGAAGCCAUACGUUAAUAUCAAGUGAAUCGAAGACUGAAAGAAAUGAACACAAGUGUCAAGUGUGUAAGGCAAACCAUGAACUUUGGAAGUGCGAAGCCUUUAAGAACAAAACUGUCAGUGAAAAAUACGAUUUGCUUAAAAAGUGCGGCGCUUGCUUUAACUGCUUUGGCAGAGGUCAUCGAACAAACGCGUGUUCUUCAUCACAUUCCUGCCGAGAGUGUGGAAAAAGGCAUCACACCACGCUUCAUGAGAACAACGGAAGAAAUAUUAUGAAUCGUGCCACAAUACCAGUGGAAUCGACUGCAACACCCGUUGUAGAACCCGAUGUUAACUCAACGACCGCUAUUCCAGCAGGAACGAUGACAACCCUGUGUGCAAGAGCAAGUGAAAUUGAGAAGCAGACUCUACUUUCAACGGCCAUUGUUUUGGUCGAUGGCUUAGCCAGUACUCCCUACCCAUGCCGAGUGCUGCUUGACUCCGCUUCGCAAAUGAAUUUCGUUACGGAGCGUUUUGCGAAUCUCCUCUCGUUGAAAAUGAUACCCGCUGACUUCACAGUUAGUGGACUCAAUAGCAACAAAACUAGGAUUGGUCGAAUGCUACACACUACGGUCAGGUCUUGCCAUACAAACCUAUCUAUUGACUUGGACUUGCUGGUAACUGCCAAAAUCACUGGCGAUCUGCCGGUGAAAUCAUUCGACGUUUCUGGAUGGCCAAUCUCGAGCAAAUUGGCGCUAGCUGAUCCGACCUUCAACAAGCGAGGACGUGUCGAUAUGCUUAUCGGCGCCGAAUACUUUUGGAGUUUAUUGGAAGAGGGCCGAUUCGAACUUGGAACCAAUCUCCCAACACUAAGUAAUACCAAGCUGGGUUGGAUUGCUGGAGGAAUAAUAAGGCAUGAUGCGCCAAUCAUUGCACAUACCUUCUGCCAGACAAUAAGUGACGAGUCACUCAUCGAGCUACUAAGAAGCUUCUAUAGCGUAGAGGCUUGUGAUGAGAUUCGGCCAACUGAAGGAGUGGACGAAGAUAUGUGUUUAGAGCAUUUCCGACAAACACAUCAACGAACUAAGGAGGGAAGGUAUGUUGUGCGACACCCCUUUAAUGAACGGAAAAAUGAAUUGGGAAGUUCUCGUGAAAUGGCGUUAAAACGGUUCCUUCACUUGGAGCGCAAACUUGAGAGGCAACCGGAACUGAAGGAACAGUAUUCGCAGUUUAUAGCAGAGUACGAGCAGUUAGGCCACAUGCGAGAGAUACAGGAAGAGCCAAACGAGAACGUGGGAUCGGUUGGAAUACAUCCGCAAGACGCCAGCUAUCAACGUAUAUUCUGGCGAUACAACCGAAACGAUCCUCUGACCGUACGAGAGCUAUUGACGGUUACAUACGGCUUGGGGCCGUCGCCGUUUCAAGCAACCAUGGCGCUGAGGCAAACUGCUGUUGACCACAAGGAUGAGUUUCCAGAAGCAGCUAAGAUAUUUGAAAGGGGUACAUACAUGGAUGACAUCCUGACGGGCGCCGAUACUUUACCCAAGGCGUGUCAACUUCAACGUGAUGUGACGGAGUUACUGGCGAAGGGCUGUUUUGGUGCUCAUAAGUGGUGUGCUAAUCAUUCGGACAUUGUUCAAAACAUUCCUGAAGAGCUACGAGGUAACUCUUUUGAAGUAACGGACGACAAUUCCAAAACGAUGGUAAAGACUCUGGGCGUGGCAUGGAAUCCAAUUCAGGAUUGGUUUUCCGUGUCAGUUCCAGACUACGAUGAUAUGGAUGGAUUGACUCGUAGAAGGCUCCUGAGUCAACUAGCAAAAAUUUUCGAUCCUCUGGGCUUCUUUGGUCCGGUGAUAACAACAGCGAAGCUAAUUCUGCGAGAGGUUGGUGACGUUGGUUCCGACGUUGGUUCCAAAUGGCGGCGUUUUCGAAUCGAGAUGAAGAUGCUGCAGCAGGUACAGCUGCCGAGGUGGAUAUCCUGGAAUAAUAGUCUCAAACUUGAACUGCACGGAUUUGCGGAUGCUUCGGAUUCGGCGUACGGAGCAUGCCUCUGGAAAUAUAUUCCCACCAACGAAAACCCCGCCGAUCUAAUAUCUCGCGGCGAGCAUCCGAAGAAAUUGAUUGAAUCGAAUAUAUGGUGGAAUGGACCAUCAAUGCUCAACUGCCUUUCUGUAGCUGAAAAGGCUGAAGAAGCCGAGAUGCUAGACGAAGAGUUGCCGGAAUUGCGUUCUGGUGUAGUGCUAACUGCGACCGCUCCUGUUGAACGACUGUCUAUUUUUGACAAGGUCAGCAGUUUUUUGAAGAUCGUUCGUAGCAUGGCCUACUUAACACGUUUCCUGAAUUACAUUAUGUCCAAGAAGAAGAAUGUUAUCAAAGGCUCACUCACUGCUGACGAAAUUAGUAAAUCGAUACUUUUGAUAGUGCGGUUGAUUCAACAGGAAACUUUCAAACCAGAAAUCCUUGCAUUGAUGAGUGGCGAGAAUACCAAACAUCGUCUCAACGGAUUGAAGGCUUUCAUAGACCCCGAAGACGGCAUUUUACGUGUAGGUGGAAGACUCAAACGAGCCUUUAUACCAUAUGAUAGUCGUCAUCAAAUGCUACUGCCUUCUACACAUCCAGUCACCGAAGCACUCAUACAAUAUUUGCACUUGGAAAACUCGCACAUCGGGCAGAAGGGUCUGCUCGCGAUUGUGCGGCAACGGUAUUGA